AUGGCAGCCAUCGACAAAAGAGAGAUGAAUUCCCAGAAUUCUCUUCAUGGGCGAGGCGCUCUGUCCAGGAUCGUUGGGAUGGUGAUGACUCUGAGGGAGUGGGCUCAGAAGAGCCUGAGCGAGGAGAACGAGCGGCCGGACUCCUUCCUGGAGCGCUUCAGGGGCCCCACCAACGACAUGCCGGCCCCGCCCAGCCGGAUCAGCCACAGCCACACCGGCUCAGACGCCGAGCACGAAAUGAGACGCUCCAGACGGACGAGGAGGAGGUGUACGAUCGUGGUCUUAUCCCCGUCAGAUGACGCCUACUACUACUGGCUGAUGGUGAUCGGGGCUGCGGUUUUCUACAACUGGACUCUGCUCGUCGUCAGGGCGUGUCUGGACGAGCUCCAGAUGAAGAUUGUGCUGGCGUGGCUGGUGCUGGAUUACAUCUGUGAUGGGAUCUAUAUCCUGGACAUCGCAGUUCGUCUGCAUACAGGCUUCUUGGACCAAGGCUUGAUGGUGAAAGACGUGCGGCGCUUGAGAGAAACCUACAUCCGAACGCUGCAGUGUAAACUGGACAUCUGCUCCGUCCUCCCCACCGACCUGCUCUACCUGUGGGUGGGGAUGAGCUACACCCCUCUCCUUCGCUUCAACCGCCUGCUGCGACUGUCCCGCCUGUUCGAGCUCUUCGAGCGAACCGAGACGCGGACGGGAUACCCCAACGCCUUCCGCAUCUGGAAGCUGGUCCUCUACAUCCUGGUCAUCAUCCACUGGAACGCCUGCGGGUACUACAGCUUCUCCAAGGUCCUGGGACUGGGCUCCGACUCCUGGGUCUAUCCCAACGCCUCGGACCCCGAGUUCGGCUCCCUGACCAGAACCUACAUUUACUGCCUGUACUGGUCCACUCUGACCCUGACCACCAUUGGAGAGACGCCCCCUCCUGUCAGGGACGAGGAGUAUCUCUUCUUGAUAUUUGACUUUCUGGUGGGCGUUCUGAUUUUCGCCUCCAUCGUGGGAAACGUCGGAUCAAUGAUCUCCAACAUGAAUGCAACAAGAGCGGUCUUCCAGACCCGCGUAGACACGCUCAAACACUACAUGCACUUCAGACACGUGAGUAAGGUGCUGGAGCAGCGCGUCAUUCGCUGGUUUGACUACCUGUGGACCAAUCAGAAGACGAUGGAUGAGCAGGAGGUGCUGAGGAGCCUGCCGAACAAACUCAGGGCAGAGAUCGCCAUAAACGUCCACCUGGACACGCUGAAGAAGGUCCGUAUCUUCCAGGACUGCGAGGCAGGCCUUCUAGUGGAGCUGGUGUUGAAACUUCGGCCUCAGGUUUUCAGUCCUGGAGACUACAUAUGUAGGAAGGGAGACAUAGGGAAGGAGAUGUACAUCAUAAAAGAUGGCCGCCUGGCGGUGGUGGGGGAGGAUGGAGUCACCCAGUUCGCGGAGCUGACCGCAGGAAGCUGCUUCGGCGAAAUCAGCAUCCUGAACAUAAGCGGCAGCAAGAUGGGGAACCGGCGCACAGCUAACAUCCGGAGUCUGGGGUACUCCGACCUCUUCUGCCUGUCCAAGCAAGACCUGAUGGAGGCGCUUCAGGAGUUCCCCGACGCCAGGGCCCAGCUGGAGCAGAGGGGGCGGGACAUCCUGCAGAAGGAGGGGCUUCUGGAGGAGGUGAACGUGUCUGCCGGAGAGGAGCUGGAGGAGAAGCUGGAGCGGCUGGAAACCAGCCUGGACCGGCUGCAGACGUGUUUGGCCCGUCUUCAGAGCGAGUUCAACUCCUCCCAGCUUCGGCUGAAGCAGCGCCUUACAGCCCUCGAGCAGAACGUCCCAGCGACCACCGGGAGUGGCUUUCUGUCCGAAUUCGAUGGUAAUGAGAGCAUCUCAGGCGACGGCGUGAGGAGUGAAAUCAACAUCCGACUCUGAACAUCUCCAUCUGUUACUCUGUUUCAACCAGUUUGAAACCAUUUCUUCUGGUCCGUAGUUGUAUUUCAUUUUCACAUGUAAGUUUCUUUUUGUUUCUUCAAGGUUUUCUGGAUUGUAUACUACACACAUAAUGUUAAAUGUUUGAUGGAUAUUUGUAUUAAAUGUGGGAAAAGUGCCAAACAAUGAGGUUCCUGACACACUGAAGCAUCGCUCAGAACAAAAGACCUUUAUCUCUGCAGGAAUGGGAGGUAGUUCAUGCCAUAUACCAAUGUUCUUCAUGCUUUCAUUACACUGCCACCUACAGUCUGGAAAGCUCAGAGGCUCUGAACCAGGUUUAACACCAGUUUGUGUAAAUGAUUUGUUCUUUAAUGAUCUGGCGGGAACAGUGUUAUUUUUGAAAAUGUAUAAGAGGUAAUAUCCUGUCAUGGAAAAAAAAAGAGCCUUUGUUUUAUUUACAAGAAAACUGGAACAAAAUUCAAACACAAGUUCUUAAGAAAUAAAAGAGGUCAACAGAACAGACUCAUAAACAACUGUCCGGAUUCAGAUCUGGCCACAGCACAGAGACUGCCCUCCUGAGAGUCCUGAACGACCUGCUCAUAGCGGCGGACUCGGGUAGCCCUGUGGUCCUGGUGCUCCUAGAUCUCACUUUCGCCUUCGAUACAGUGGACCUCAGGGUCCUGUUGUCUCGCUUCGAACACCUGGGCAUCAAGGGUCCAGUCCUGGAGUUUUUCCGUUCCUACCUGACUGACAGGAGCUUCUCUGUUCAGCUGGGAGACUUCACCUCUUCUGCAGCCUCCCCUCUCCUGUGGUGUGUCUCAAGGCUCCAUCCUAGGCCCCAUUUUAUUUAUUUUGUAUAUACUGCCCUUAGGACUAAAUACAAUAUCUCCUUCUGCUGCAAUGCGGACGACGUUCAGCUGUACCUCCCUUCAAGGCUGACGACCCUGCUGCUCUCCAGCCUCUGCUGGACUGCAUCUCAGACAUUAAGGCAUGGAUGACAGUCAACUUCCUCAACCUCAACGAGGAUAAGACAGAGGUUAUUGUGUUUGGCAAAACCCCUCCAGCACUUUACUCCAACGCCCUGGGUCCUCUUGCCAUGAAGUCCAAGCCAGCUGUCAGGAAUCUGGGUGUGAUCUUUGACAGUUUGAGCAGCAGAUCAGCGCAGUCAUCAGAAGAAGUUUUUUCAAUCUGAGGAUUUUGGCAAAGAUUAAAGCUUACCUUCCCCAGGCAGGGUUAGAGCAGGCCAUGCACGCCUUUGUCACCUCUAACUUGGAUUAUUGCAAUAGUCUUUACACCGGAAUUGAUAAAACCCAACUUCACCGCUUGCAGCCUGUUCAGAACUCUGCCGCUCGACUCCUUACCUGCACCAGAAGACUCGCUCACAUCACCCCGGUUCUCGCUUCCCUUCACUGGCUCCCGAUCCGCUACCGCAUUGACUUCAAAAUCUUUCUAACAGUUUUCAAAUCUCUUCACCAUCUUACCCCUCCGUACCUGGCCGAUCUUCUCCGCCCCUUCACCCUGUCCAGAGCGUUACGGUCGGCUGAUCAACGCCUUCUUGCUGUUCCUAGGUCCAGGUUAAAAACCAGGGGGGACAGAGCCUUUUCUGUAGCCCCCCUAGACUCUGGAACUCCAUUCCCCUCCACGUCCGAGCAGCUCAGUCUGUGGGAAUUUUUAAUUCCCUUCUGAAGACCCACCUCUUUUCUUUGGCCUUCAGCUAGGUCUUACCUUGUUUUUAGU